GUUGUUGUUGGUGUUUCUUUAGUAAAUUAGUUGAAAUUUGUAUCACAGUGGUUUGUUUUGAAUUUUCUUUUUCCUGCUGCUGCUGCUGCUGCUGUUGUUUUAAUUUCUUAUAUUGAAGAACAUACUUUUUAUUUAUGUCGUAGAAUAUAUCUGAUGUAUUAAAGGAAUUAUUUGUGGUAUGGUUUACAGCGCAUGAACUUUAUUUGUUGCUCACUUUGCGCUUUUAAUUAACCGCUUUUAUUUCCAAACACACAACUUACACAACUCAUUCGUUUAUUAAUUAGUGAAAAAAAAAGAAAAAAAAAAAACAACAAAAAUAAUAAGAUGAGUCGACAAUCGUCCAGUUCACCUUGGUGGAACAGCAAACGAUUAUGUACAGAGGAUGAGUGUAAUCAUUUGAAUAGUACAUUUAAUAGUACAUCAAAGCUUAAUACUAGGUGGUCGUACACUGCUGAUGCUAGUUUUGUUGAACCAGAAAUAUUAGAAGACAUGGGUGUUAGCAUCAUAGAAGAUGAUGCAGUGAACUGUGAUACCAAAGUACAAUCACCGGAUUUUACUAUUUCUUUAAAUAAUGCAGCAAGUAAUGAACGGUUACCAAUUAAUGAGAAUAAUGAGACUUAUGAAUCAGAACCAAACUCUUUGUAUAUAGAUUCUAAUUUUAAUUCCAACAAUGUUGAAAGACUAGAACAAGAGCAGUACGAUGUAGAUGAUCUAUGCAAUCAUAAGAAUCCCAAUGAAUCUGGUUAUAGUUCUUCGAGAGUAGAGAAUGAACCAUUAGGGGAUGCAAAAGAUGAAUUUCAUAAUAAAAAAUUAAAUAUUUCCAAUGAUAAUGAUAGUUUAAAUCAUUUUUAUUUGAGUAGAAGAAAAAGAAAAUUGUCUUAUGCUGGUAAUGAUGAAUUCAACAAAUUAUCGGAUGAAAUGAUUUUAAUGAUAUUCAGAUGGUUACCUAAAAGAUGUUUGGUACGUUGCAUGUUAGUUUGUAAAAGAUGGUGUCAAAUAGCACGUGACGAAGCAUUAUGGAUUAGACUUGAUUUAAGUAGUAAAGUAUUAAUCGAAGGAACAAUGGAACAUAUAUUGCCACGUGGCGUUCAAAUUUUAAGGCUUGCUCAAGCAGAAAUUGCAGACCCAAUAUUUAUGGAAAAUGUUGAAGUUUUAAAUAGUAAUUAUGUAUGUAAACUACAAUAUCUGGAUCUUUCAAUGGCAGUAAUAUCACCGAAUGGCUUAGCAACUUUAUUAUUGAAAUGCAAACUUUUAAAAAAUUUGUCAUUGGAAAGUUGCAUUUUGAAUACUGCAUGUUGUAAUGCCAUAAGAUUAAAUAAAGAUUUAUCUGUGUUGAAUUUAGCUAUGUGCGAAGGAAUAGAUCUAGAAUGUGUUACACAUUUAAUUAACCUUAAAAGCUUAACUGCUCUCAAUGUGGCAUGGUGUUCAUUGGACGCAGAUUCUGUCUCUCUAUUGUGUAAAUACCUUCCGCCUGUCCUUGAACGCUUGAACAUUUCUGGAUGCCGGAAAACUAUGACGGAUGAUAAUAUCAAAGAAUUGGUCAAGUCUUGUCCAAAACUGAAAGAAUUAGAUUUAAGCGAUUGUACAUUGCUUACUAUGAAUUCAGCACCAUAUCUUUUAAAUCUUAGUAUUUUAGAACACUUAUCGUUAAGUCGUUGCUAUAGUAUACCACCAUCAACAUUUGUUAGAUUAGCUUAUAUGCCAUGUUUAAUGUAUUUGGAUAUAUUUGGUUUGAUGUCAGACCCAAUGUCUAAGUCUGUACAAUCUAAUUGUGGGGAUACUCAAAUUAAUAAGUUCCGGUUUAGUUCUAUAGCAAGACCUACGGUUGGUGUUCGAAGAACAAGUAUUUGGGGCCUUAGAGUUCGAGACUGAGAUCAAUUUACAAAAAGUGAUACAUAUAUCUAAAUUGUAGCAGAAAAUUUCAUUGCAUAGAAUGUUUUUUUUUUUUUUAAUUUCUAUGAAAUAUUAGUUUUCCCUGUGAGACUGAUAAUAUUGUAACAAAAAAAAAAUAAAGUAUACAAAAAAAAAAAUCAAUGUAAUAACUCAACUAACUAACACAAUUAGCACAAAGAUGAUAAUAUUUUGAUUUCAAUUAAUUUACUACUUAAUCUAUUUUAUUGAUGUCCCUUUAUUCUUUUUGAAAGGGUGAUUUACAUUUUUGGUAUUAGUAUUACUAAAACUAUUUACAAUGUUGUCAUAAUAUUAAAAGGAUAUUGUACAUAACGAUCCAAUGAUUUACUGUAUGCUCGUAUGUGUAUACAUACAUAUAUAUGCUGCAUGCACGUGUUCAUCAAGUGUGAUUUUAUUUAACUAUUAAUUAUUAUUGUAUUGUAUGCAUUGUCAAAGAAUAAAAAGA